AUGUUAGCAGAUCCACGAGAAAGAUUACGCCACGCAAUCAUAUCAGGGAACUUGCUAAUAGUAAAAAGAUUGCUGAGGCGCUUUCCUCAUUUGUUGUAUAACAAUGAUCCAAAGAACGGGUGGAGUUCGUUACAUUAUGCAUCGUAUCAUGGCCACUAUCUUAUAUGCUUACAUUUGAUCCAAUUGGGACAUGAGAAAGUGGAAUUGAGCAAAACUUACAAAGGGAAUACAUGUGUGCAUUUAUCAUUAAUACAAGGACAAGAACAAACAGCACAUUUACUUUUACAAUAUUUCCCAAACCUUAUCAACGUGCCAAAUAAUGAUGGAAUGUUACCCAUUCAUAUUGUAUGUAUGCACAAUUACGUUCAAUGCCUACGGUUACUAGUGAACGUGACUACAGACAUAAAUGUAAAAGAUCGUAAUGAUAAUACACCAAUACGCAUUUGCUUGGAAUACAAUAGUCUUCAAUGCCUUGAACUAUUAUUGGAUAGAUGUCAAGAUCAAGAUAAGAACAUUAUUGAUAACAUUGAUGUGGCAAUGACAUUUGAUCUUGCCAAGAAAUACAAAUCUAUGGUCAGAAGAGAUAAAAAAAGUACAAUGAAUAUUUAUAAGACACCUAAUUUAGAUAAAAAUGAACCCACCUUCAAUAAUGAAUUUGGAGUACCGUCACCAAUUUUGAAUAGUGUUGUAGCUAGUCCACCAGCGAAACAUUCUCUAUUUAAGAUAUCCACUUCCAUUAUUAAUAAUGGGGUAUCUCCAAUCAAAUCACCAAAAUUGGAUAUACCGACAUUUACACGAACGAAUAGGAGAUCGAAUUAA